GUUCUCUACUCAGUCUCAGUAAGACAGUGUCGCAUGAUUGGUCGGUUGACAAUUCGACGCGCUUUAAACGGGACACCUUUUCUUAAAGUCUCUUGUUCAUGAGACAAAAGUUGAACGUAUCCAGUGAAUGAAGAAUUAAGAAAAAAAAGAAAUUUAAUUAAUAUCAAUUACGAAUUAAGAUCAACUUGAAGAGUUGAAAAAAUCGAUGAGAAAUUAAAAUACAGUUUAACGAAGAAUUCGUUUUAUAAAUACAGAUCGGUUUUGAUAACAUUGGUGUUGAAAGAAUGUAAUUUAAAUAAAUCCUUGUUACAUUUGAAUCGUGAGAUUUACGACUUCGUGAUUCAAUUUGAUCGAUACAAUUACAGAUAUACUUGUUGAACGUGUGAUAAUAAAAAUUUAAAAAGGAAUCGAUGGAGUUUUAAGGAUUAAAAAUAUCAUCAUACGUUAAAAUUAAGAAACGCUUAAAAAUUGACGAGGAUUGCUUUUCUUCGUGAACUCUUCGAAAAGAAAUUACAUUCAAGCGUGCCAUCGAUCAGGAACAAUGUAAAGAAUAGUGAUCGAUUCGUCGCAUGUCCUUCGCUCGGAAUAUUCAAUUUUGUAUAAGGAAAUAACGCAAGAAUCUUUCAAGGCUAAGUAAUCGACGUGAAAGUUUGAAGAGAAGAUUGGUGGCGUGAUUCGAGGAAACAAGUGGAUAAGUUUGUAUGUGGGGGAUCGUGACUAAUGGAGUACAGGUGCACGUAAAGGCGAAACUAUGACCGGGAUGGACAAUCUUGGAUACGACGCGAAUACAGAAAAUGCGUCGGGGGUGCCGGACAUGCACGAGACCCUGUCCAGUUUUUCGGAACAGUUCAGGGACGGGCCGACGAAGCCGGAAAUAAAGCCGGAAGCAGCUAAGGAGAGGACGGCCGAGCCGAAGUGCGGUUGGUUCUGGUUCAGACCCAAAUAUUUGCAACGAUUUCGAACCGCGAAAUGGGCGCUGUUCUGGUUGUGCUGGACAGGCGCGAUGCAAGGGAUGGUGGUGAACGGUUUCGUGAACGUGGUCAUAACCACGAUAGAAAGGAGAUUCGGGCUGAGGUCGUCUCAGACAGGGCUGAUAGCAGGCGGAUACGACAUAGCCAGUUUCCUUACCCUCGUUCCAGUCAGCUUCCUAGGAGGACGCUCGAAAGCAUCGAAACCGAGAUACAUAGGAAUAGGUGUUCUAGUGUUAGGCUUAGGAAGUCUCCUUUUCGCGUCCCCUCAUUACAUUGCUGGACCAUACAGGGGUGGCCAACAGUCGGAAAAUAUUUGUCAAAGGGUGACGAAUACGUCCUCCCGUUCGCUAUCUUGUAGCGGAUCAGUGGGCCAAAUAGACCAAGAACCGUACAGUGGAUUGUACUUAAGUAUCUUUCUGAUAGCUCAACUUCUACACGGGGCUGGUUCCGCUCCUUUUUAUACGCUUGGUGUUACGUAUCUGGAUGAGAACGUGUCGAAGAAGAUGUCCUCUGUGUAUGUGGGAAUCUUCUACACAAUGGCCAUAAUAGGGCCUGCGUUAGGAUACGUGGUUGGAGGUGAAUUGUUGAAGCUCUAUACAGAUUUUAUCACCGUGGAUCCGUCAAAGAUUGGCUUAACACCAAACAGCAACGUAUGGGUGGGAGCAUGGUGGAUAGGCUUCCUAGCUGCUGCAGUUUUAUGUUUCAUAAUCGCUAUACCCAUCUUAGCGUUUCCAGCAGCUUUGCCUGGUUCAGAGAAAUUGGCCAAAGAGAGGGUGUCAGAGGCGCACCAAAGGAGCACCAGAAAGCAAUCGUCCUCGAGCGAUCGAGGAGAGGCAUUCUCGAAAAUACGAGAACUGCCUCGCGCCCUGACCGAUCUCCUCGGUAAUCCUGGCUUUUUCAUGUUAAAUCUGGCAGGUGCCAGUGAAGGAUUGCUUAUCGCCGGUUUCGCCGCUUUCCUCCCCAAACUGAUCGAAAAUCAAUUCAACGUCAGCGCUAGUUCCGCCGCGUUACUAAUGGGUUUGGUGACCGUACCCGCAGGCGGUGGAGGCACCUUCCUCGGUGGUUAUCUCAUAAAGCGUUUUAUGCCCUGCUCGGGCAUUUUAAAGUUUUGUCUACUGGCCACCGCGUCCUGCAUCGCCUUCACUUUGUGCUUCGUUCUGAAUUGUCCGAAUUUAAGCUUCGCGGGAGUCACUAUACCUUAUUCGAACCAGACCAAAAAAACUUUUUCAUUGGAUAACACGUGUAAUAAUGGCUGCGGUUGCUCGAGAUCAGAAUUCAGUCCAAUAUGCGGAGUUGAUGGAAUCACGUACUAUUCUCCUUGUCACGCAGGAUGUUAUCAAGGAAUGCGACUAAAUAACGUCGAAAUAUAUACAGACUGCACGUGUAUACGAGCACCACCAAUGAAUCUAACUACUGCAGAUAGUGUGAUUACUUACGAGGCAAUAAAUACUACUUGCAGCACAUCGUGCUCUUAUCUAUGGCCGUUUAUCGCUCUAGCAUUUUGCAACAUGUUUAUAACCUUUCUUUGCACAAUGCCCGCACUUUCCGCAACACUUCGCGUCGUUCGAGACGAUCAGAGAUCGUUUGCCUUAGGUAUACAAUGGAUCAAAGUUAGAAUUCUAGGCACAAUACCAGCACCUAUGGUGUUCGGUGCUCUCAUAGAUGAAACAUGCAUUUUAUGGAACAAAACUUGCGACGGCGAAGGAUCCUGUCUUGUUUAUGAUAAUUUAUACAUGAGCAGAUAUAUGCUAGCAUUAGCUUUCAUCGGCAAAGCAGCAUCCCUCCUUUUCUUUUUCCUGGCUUGGUGGACUUAUAUUCCUCCAGGAAGCAGAAGAGUUGCACAAAAUUCGCGGGAAGAGCCCACAACGACAUUUGUGUUAAACGACACUCAGCACGAAGCGCCAAUCACACCAGCAACAAUAAAUCCUAUAAUUGAUCCGUAGAGAAAAAUCUAGCAUUCUAAUUAUGUUAUCUUAAAAAUAUCACGAAUAAUCACUAUUUAAUAAGAACUUUUAAUGUUUGCCAAACUUACCAAAAGAAAUAAUCGAAGAAAUGAAUUUCAAAGAAACUUCCAUGUACACUCUCACUCCACUGAAACUAGAUGACACUAUGUGCUAGUCUAUUAAAAUCGAGUAUCGAUACUGCGACAUCUAUCUUCUUCGAUUUCGUUCGAUUCGAUAGGUACUAUCUUAAUGGAGGGAUAUUU